CCACGAAUCGCUCACACAUCUCGGCAACUCCACAGAGAUCUGGGGCGCAUGAGCUUCCCCAGAUGACCCAAUAGAGUCAAUGGGUUCACCAAACGAGGUCGAACAGACUAGCCACACUUGUGAGGUCUGUUCUCGAUCUUUUACUCGCAUAGAGAAUUUGAAACGUCAUCAAAAGACGCACCAGGGCAACCUUCCUCACCGUUGUAUAAUUUGCCAAAAGAGGUUUUCACGCAGCGAUCUGCUCAAGAAACACCAACGACUUCAUCAGAAGCUUAACCAAGAGGAUGCAUUACGUGAAGAGCAUGAAUUGUCAUCAGCGAAAAAGGUGGAUUACUCCUUCAUCAUAGAGGACCCCAACCCACAUUCGUCCCUGUCGCGAGAUAGAGACAGAGAAACGGGAAUUGCACACCCGCCACUUGUUGGAGACUCACGACUACAGUAUCCUGAUGUUGGCCACGCCAUGAACAAAACGCCUAGAACGAGUCAUGCCGCGUCUUCAGUUCUUUCACCAUCAUGCGUCGCGCUCUCCAGGCCACAAGAUACAACGGCAACAGCCAGUGAUCUUGGGGCGAAUGUGGACUUCUCGUAUUUUGUUCAACCUUGGCAGGAUAGUCUGUGGGUUGACUCAAGCCAAUGGUUUACACCGGAUUUCUACGACGCGGUAAGAGAGACAUCACACAUAAGUGAUCCUUUCAUACUCCAAGACGAUUCGAUUUCACUAUCUGCUCACUGGAACUGGCUGGGUCAAUAUCCAGCUAUGCCUGGCAGUAGUGCAUCACAACUGGUCACGAACGACGGCCAAGUCGCACCUUUAGUUCCAGCUGAAAUCUCGGACGGGCAAGAGACUAUAUCGAGAGUCAAUUCUCCUCCGAACGUGCCCUCUAGAGAGGACGGUGUAGCGUUUGCGUGGAACCCGUCGUCGAAAAGUCUUUGCCAAACCCAUUCGAUUUCUAUCAGCGAGUCGCACCCUCUUAUGAUUUUACAUAAUCCUCGAUUCGACAUAAUAGAAUCAACAUGGAUUCGCGUUCAAGAGUUCCUAGACCUUGGAACUCCCGGCUCGGAGAAUCUAAUUCCGCCGUCCCUGGCAGUUGCGAAUGUGUUUUUGGGACUCUUUUUCGACUGUUUCUAUGAACAAAGUCCUGUACUUCACUUACCAACACUCUCAGUUGAUCAUUUGCCGUCAUUUUUACUGUCCGCCAUGAUCAUCAUCGGCGCCACAUACAGCCGUAUCCGGCACACAAGACGCUUCUCUAUACUCAUGCUCAAUAGAGCUCGUCAAAAUCUUCAAGCACUGAUCGAGGCCGACAAAAGCUUGACUAGACAUCCUGAAACUAUCUAUGCAUCUUCUCUCCUCGUGUAUACUGGGCUAUGGUGCGGAAACAAAGGGGCCUUUGAGACUGCUGAAGCAUUCCGAGGAAGUUUGGUGACAUACGUCAGACGUCUGUUCCAACCGAAAUCGAAGGUCGCGGAUGCCGCAAGUAGUCAUGUUGAAGAUCGUUGGAGGGCGUGGGCAAAAUCUGAGUUCAAGCGCCGUUUACGCUGGUAUGUGUUCAUGAUCGACUCACAGUUCCCCGCCAUCUUGAACAUGCGAAGUAUGAUGUCUCUCGCAGAGGUCGCUAGGUGGGAGUGCCCGGGCGAUGACGCCGCAUGGUGUACAACAAGUGCUCUCGCCUGGGAAGCUCUAGUCAAAUCCCUGGGGAGUUCACCGGCACCAGAGUUUGGCGUUGUCUACAAGGCUCUUACAAGUAACAGAAGAGCUCAGUCCACCAGGUUGACACCAUCAGUCUCUGCUGUUACGGAUAGAAUCAGCCCGUGGACACAAUUCCUGGUUCUAAGCUCUUUGGCUAGCCAGGCACUGGACUGGUCACAUGAUUGGUCGGUACAGGUCGGCAGUGACCUUGCUAUGCUACAAGAUAUGGACAGUGAUUGUCAUCGGGAAGGUCUGCGGAUACGGGACAACAUCAUUACAUCUUUGGAAUCAUGGGAGUUCUACUACGGCACCAAGCACAGUGGUAACCCGAUCCCGGAUGGGGCGCAAAGUCCAGUGCUGUACUUCCAGAAAGCAUCUCAAAUACUCCGUGGCCUGGUAAACAUUCAACUACAUACAUGCGUUGCUGAUUUGCAAGAUGCCCUUGGAAAAGGCGGAGCAAAUGCUGUUGACGAAAGCCUGGGCCGACUUCGAAUCUAUUUCACAAACGGGUACACCAGUUAUAUUGAUUCAUAUCAAGGGCCGCCAUUCGAGUCUCUAGACGCCUUUGCCAAAUCAGUCAUUGAAACUACAUCAAUCAUGAGCAAUCCGACACUACAGUCUGCCACACCUUACAGUAUCUUUGGCGUCUUCCUAAAUCAUGUCUUACAAUGGGCAUUCCUAAAAAGCAGCCCCAAAACGUUGAAGUCGCACCUUCGUAGGCAUCUCCGAGAUAACGAUUUCUCAUACCACGGACAGGGCAUGUCGGAGCUCACUGGAAUACUAGACUUUGGGCUCUCUUCAGCAGACCCGGCAGUCAUAAACAGGGACAGAAGCCACUUAGUUUUAAUGCAAGCUGCUCAGAAUUUGGCGCUACUUGGUACUUGGGGCGCAUCGCUCAAUCUGGCCCUUUUGCUUCAGCUGAGAGCGAAAACUUAGGUUUGACGCUGUUGAUAUCAAGGUUUGAGUCUCAUAGUGGUCUGCUCAGGAAAACUUUGCAAAAGACCUGAAUCCACAAUAUGCAGACAUGAAGGAAGCUCGUUGAGCCUAGGA